GUUGCUCCAUAGAAAAUGGUGAACAAAUACUUUGUGUAUGAGUUUAUGCCUAAUGGAACAUUAUGCCAGCAUUUACAAAGAGAGAGAGGUGAUGAACUUGCUUGGCCAGUUCGCCUUACAAUUGCUGCUGAAACUGCACAAGCCAUUGCUCAUCUGCACUCUGCUAUAGAUCCCCCAAUAUACCACAGAGACAUCAAGUCUAGCAACAUACUCCUUGAUUACAAUUUCGGGUCCAAAGUAGCAGAUUUUGGUCUUUCUAGACUUGGAAGGACUGAAAUAUCCCACAUCUCAACAGCCCCUCAAGGAACUCCAGGAUACCUCGAUCCUCAGUACCAUCAAAACUUCCAUCUUUCAGACAAAAGCGAUGUUUAUAGUUUUGGGGUAGUUCUCAUUGAGAUCAUAACAGCAUUAAAAGUGGUGGACUUUUCUAGGCCUCCAAAUGCAGUUAAUUUGGCAGCUGUUGCUAUUGACAGAAUUAGCAAGGGGCGUUUAGAUGAGAUCAUUGACCCAUUACUAGAGCCAAAUAGUGAUUCUUGGACAUUAUCUUCAAUCUACAAGGUGGCAGAGCUGGCUUUUAGAUGCUUAUCAUUUCACAGGGACAUGAGACCUACAAUGAUAGAAGUAGCAGCAGAAUUGGAACAAAUCAGGCUAAGUAGAUGGGUUUCUACAGAAGAAAUUACUUGUGCAGCUUCAUCAGAGGUAUCUCCUUGCUCUUCCUCAUCCAAUCUAAGCGAGCAACCACUGAGCAUGGCAGUUAAUAAGAAGUUUGGACUGGAAAAUAGAAGCCUAUUUAUGCUUCAGAUGACUAAUGUUGGCUCUGUGAACUUGAUGAAAAAAUUGAAGGAUAAUUCACAAGUUUCAGUCCAAGGCCCAUGGUUGAGUGAACAAAGCUUUCGUCGGACAGUUUGCUGAGCAAUGCAACCCAUUAACCAGAAGCCACUCUUUCUUCAGAUUUCAACUUCAUCUCGGCCUGUUAUUACUUUGGUGUCAUCAAUGCAGUACCAGAGUUUUGUCCCUCUUCAUAGUUUCUAAGAGCUCCCUACCUUGUGUAUGUAUUUAUCGACACGAAUUAAAAUGUUCCCAUUAAUGUCUUUUUCUGCCUUUAGUGUAUCACAAUACUGUUAUCGGGACUUGUUGACACGAAAAUUCGGUGACAGACGAAAAGAGUACAGCUAAAACAAACAGGCAGACGCGUGAUCAAAACCUUGUAUAAUUGUUGGGCCCUGUUAUAAAAAAUCAGCCUCAGCCUUUAUAAUGUUUGGGGAAAUAGUGGAGCAAGGCCUGAACAGUUGUUACCCCUACAUUGUUGUAAGUAAGCCGAUAUAAUAAUCUAAUCAAAGGGCCUAGUUUGUUUGUCAGUUUGUGUCGAACGGCUUACCCAACUCUGCAACUGAAGAACCACCUCGUACCUUGGGCGUACUUGGGGUGUUUAAGAGGUGCUGUUACAACCAGCAACUUCAUCGAACUAAAACCCUUAAAAAAUUGGAACUGCAAUCCGUUUUUCUCGGAUUUCCUGUCCCAAAGUUCAAAUCGUCCAAUCAUCGUCGUUUAUCUCAUCAAUCCGUAAGUAAAUCUCUCCUAAAUUUCGCUCAAGUUUGUAACUUUUUUAAGUAAGUCAUGCGAAUUACCCUCCGAAAGCCAAGAAACCAAAGUACAAAGGACGGUGCAGAUGUAUCUGGAUCGUUGGGGGUUAAGUAAGACAUUUCACUUGCUGACUUCUGGACUAUUUUGUACUUUCAGUUGAUAGCAGAGGAGCCCUAACUUCUAUGCCCCUAACGGAGUAUAGAGUAUGGACUAGGUAUAAAGCUAACUGAUGAAAAACACUGAAAAUAAAAACAUCUGGAAGUGCAUCAAUUAGCUGCUUCGGCUGCAUUUUAUUUACAGUGUAGGUGAUUGAUGGGAGCAAUUGGUGGGUUUUUUCUACGAUGCGUGUUUUGUUUGAUUUCCAAGAAAUUUUAUGAAAUGAAGAGAAAAAUAAAAGCUUUUCCUAAUGAAACCAUAUCUUGUUCUGAAAAAUGUGAAGAAUAGACUUCUAAGUUUUUAACCUUAUUCUUUCUCUAUUCAUGUGUGUCUGCAGAUUAGAUUUAUGGGUUUGAAUUGCACAAGCAGAUAAGAUUUUAGAUUACAGGAAUUUGCGGCGAUGAUAAUAUCAAAGACCUUUUAUUUUCUGAGGCCUUUCCUGUGAUAGAGUCUCAAGCACUUUUGAGCCGCAUCUUAAUAGCAAAAAAAGUUUGUCUAUGUGAUUUUCUCAAUUUCUGAGGCACGUUCAUUUUUAAUUAAUC